AUCAAAUCUUGAGUUUUCCAAACCACGUUGUGGUAUAUAAAACAUUUUUGCGGCGUAUUCGCCCUUUGUGAUAAUGUCGGCAGAUUAUGAAGAGAGGUAAAGAAUCCAGCAAAUUGUUUCACUGUUUUAUUAUAACCAGUUACACAUGGCUAGAUAAAAUAACCCGGUCGGCCCCGCAAUUCCGUUAUAAAAUGCAACCUUAAUAUUAGCGGUUUCCUUGUGCUGUCGUUUUAGUGCUAACUAACGUUAGCAACUGUAAAGUAGCUAGCGGUAGUCGGGUUGGAGCCGCUAAAGGCAAGCCCUUUGUAAAAAUGUUUCACGUUAUGACAUGUUAGCUAGGUAGUUGACUCAAAUUGUGCCUUGUAUUAUUGUAAACACUGAUUUGCUGGCCAGCCCACAAAUGUUAAUUGAGUAAUGCAUGGUAAUGCAUGGUGAAGUCGAACUGCUAACAUCGGUGAAGAUGGCUAGCUAGUUAUAAUUUCGCAGGCGAACACCACCAGACCGGUUGCGGGAAAAUGGUGGCCUGUCUCACCAGCGAGCCCCGCCAUGGUGCACAAAUGAUUUUCUGCCCAGUGUCGUUGGUCACGUUUAACUACGUUAGCUAGUAACGGGUGUUCACUAAUAACCUCAAAACUCCGGCUAGCUAGUGUCUCACUGGCUACAGUUCUUAUCCGAAAUAUUAUGUUUACGAGCUUGCUGGAUCGCUUGUUCUUUUAAUGGAGCCACCCUUUCAGCUAACGUUAGCUAACUUUCUGCGCUACGAGCACAUGGUUUUUCGGGUAAAUUAGGGGUCGCUAGGCCUGGUGGCGGUGCUUUAUUUUGUAUUUAUUAUGGAAUUAUUUGCAAUCGGAUAGGACUUUCGGUUGAGUGAUUGCUACUUCCAGCUAGUAUGGUUAGCUAUCCCUGCUGAAUAUGUUGUUUUGCUUGUUAGCGAGCUAACGUUAGCAGUUUCAUCACGGGGUUUACAUUUCCACUCCGGCCUAGCCAGCCAGCGAACCCCCACCAAUUUGUUAUCCACCAUGACUACUGGGCCUAGACAGCCAGCGAACCCAUACCAAUUUAUCUACCAUGACCAUUAUUCUAUUCAAAAUCUCUGAAUACAAGUAAUUUUGCAUGGGCGUGUUCGAUUCGUCUGCAUUGGGAAGACUUUCUGAAAUAUGUGUUUUUGGAAAUUGAGUGGCGUCACAAGUUUGGUUGUGUGUGUGCCCCAAAUUCUGCCUCGCUGGUCGCCAGCACCGAUGGUGGGGUACCAAAACGACCAUCUUAUGCGAGUUUAUUGAACAUCGGUGCCUCGAUUCAAUCAUUGGCACUUCAUGGGCCGAAUUCGGGCAUGUCAUGCCCAUUGCAAUCACACCCUGGCAUUAGACCCCUUAUACAUUUCUGAUUAGAAAUGUUUUUGUUCAUGAUAUCAUUAGAAUUGGCUAAUGAGUUAUGAAAUAUAUGUAUCAUCUAGUAUUGACAUGUGGACGUUUUCCUCCAGAGACCUCUCCAACAGAGACAAUGGCCCUGAGGGCAUGGAGCCAGAUGGCAUCAUUGAGGUAAAGUUAAGUGUUUUGUGUGUGUCAGGCAAGUUUGUCAAAAGUUGGAUGAAGGACCCGGUUAAAAAUUGUUGAAUAUCAUUACUGGCAAUGGGAUGGAGGAGAAGAUGCAUACAUCUAACACCCACAAUCAGGGUCUUGCAUGGUUUUCCAUCUCUCCACUGGCAGUAAAGCAGUACUGGGAGUUUGUGUAAGAAGUACAGUCUCUGGGUACCAUAUACACAAACCGUGGUCUGUUAUCUUUCUCUCUCCACAGAGUAACUGGAAUGAGAUUGUGGACAGCUUCGAUGAGAUGGCCCUGCGUGAGACUCUCCUGAGAGGAAUCUAUGCCUAUGGUUUUGAGAAACCCUCUGCCAUUCAGCAGAGGGCCAUCCUCCCUUGUAUCAAGGGUAAGUUAGUUUCCUAAAAUAAACUCCCACACACAGGAUAUUGUGUGUGGGAGACCUUUUUUUUUUUUUUUUUUUCAUCAAUAUGUAUCAAGAUGGGUAUAAGCUUCAGACAUGGGAAUGACUUCAAUACCAAUUAUAUGUGUUGAUUUUUAUAGUGUUCUUUUUGCGUCAAUCUCUAGCCUAAGUUGUCGCUGACUGAAGUUGCCUGAGCUUCUAUACUUCUAUUCAUCCUCUUCAUUCCUAUGUGGAACAUUAGGUUUCCUUGAGAGAUCAUACGACACUGGCUUUUAUUUAUUCCAGACUAUCCUACAUGUCAGGUUUGGAGACUUUCUCAAUCAUGCCUUAAAUGUUUUAUUAUUUUAAUUGUAAAUAUUAAGCUUGCAGAUUUCCUAAGCCUCUGCAUCUAAACAGUGAACCAAAUGCCUAUAAAGCAUAUCCUUGGUCAUAUUCACUAGGAACCAACUGGGAGGGACCUGUCUGAAUUUGUCCAAUAAGAAAUACUUUAUUUUUCUGUUGCAAAGUGUUUUGCUAUGGUGUCUACUAAUGAAUAUGACCCUUCAUUCCCCACCAGGUUUUGAUGUCAUUGCACAGGCCCAGUCCGGCACAGGGAAGACUGCCACUUUCGCCAUCUCCAUCCUACAGCAGAUUGAUAUCGAGCUAAAGGGCACCCAGGCCCUAGUCCUCGCUCCCACCCGAGAGUUGGCUCAGCAGGCAGGUUACACACAUUUAAUUUGCAACUCCUGUACCCUGUACACUGUCGUGCCGACUCAAACGUACCAUGCUGGCUCUGAUAUUUUAAUAUCACAUGGGCCUUUCCAGCACUGUUGUAGCAACUAUGGUGGAUGAAUUGCCAGCACAGUACAGCUUGGCUUGAUUCUGCUCUCUAGUGUGAAUUAAACCAUGUAGGCUGAUGAUGUAAUGUGCCACCCCUGUCACAGGCAAGGCAGUGUCUUUGAGUGGCACUAAGUCUUAUAUCUGUCAGGGUGAGAGAGGGAUAUUCAUCCCAGCCGACUCUGUGGAGUGAGCAACAGGCUGGUUCAUGCUAUGGGCACGAACUCAUGAGUUACACAAAUCUGAUCCUUAUGAAUAAUGUUGCUUGUCAGAUGAUGACUAAAAGUAAUGAACAUUUACGCUAAAAUUGUCUUGAACAUGGAAGUAGAUUAGGGACGUCAAAUGUUCAGGCUACUGCACAGACUAUGGAAGCUCUAGUCUGAAGUUCACAAGCAAUGUUAUUAAAUUCAAAAUGUUGGCUAGAUAUUUCAACUCUGUAUGGCAAGCGUGAAUGACUAACUGAAAACGUUUGAGGCUGCUUUGAGCCACAGCUCGUUGUAGCUAUGUUAAAUCGAAUCACAUAAUUGUUUUUGUGAGACAGCGUGGUAUCGAGAAUCCUCACAACCAAGUGAAGAAUCUUGUGUGUGAGACCCCCGUCUAUGCUACGUCGUUUAGUGUGCACACCACUACGUUGGCAACACACAAAAAACUACAGGAAAGACGGUUGUUUAAUGUGAGGCUCAGCGGUGUUAGGAUUUUGAAAGUCAUGUAUUGUACACCCGGCAUUUAAAUACAGUGAGGGGGAAAAAAGUAUUUGAUCCCCUGCUGCUGUUGUACGUUUGCCCACUGACAAAGACAUGAUCAGUCUAUCGUUUUAAUAGUAGGUUUAUUUGAACAGUGAGAGACAGAAUAACAACAACAAAAAUCCAGAAAAACGCAUGUCAAAAUUUUAUAAAUUGAUUUGCAUUUUUAAUGAGGUGAAUAAGUAUUUGACCCCUCUGCAAAAUAUGACUUAGUACUUGGUGGCAAAACCCUUGUUGGCAAUCAGAGGUCAGAUGUUUCUUGUAGUUGGCCACCAGGUUUGCACACAUCUCAGGAGGGAUUUUGUCCCACUCCUCUUUGCAGAUCUUCUCCAAGUCAUUAAGGUUUCGAGCCUGACGUUUGGCAACUCGAACCUUCAGCUCCCUCCACAGAUUUUCUAUGGGAUUAAGGUCUGGAAACUGGCUAGGCCACUACAGGAUCUUAAUGUGCUUCUUCUUUGUUGCCUUGGCCGUGUGUUUUGGGUCAUUGUCAUGCUGGAAUACCCAUCCACGACCCAUUUUCAAUGCCCUGGCUCAGGGGAAGGAGGUUCUCACCCAAGAUUUGACGGUACAUGGCCCCGUCCAUCGUCCCUUUGAUGCGGUGAAGUUGUCCUGUCCCCUUAGCAGAAAAACACCCCCAAAGCAUAAUGUUUCCACCUCCAUGUUUGACGGUGGGGAUGGUGUUCUUGGGGUCAUAGGCAGCAUUCCUCCUCCUCCAAACACGGCGAGUUGAGUUGAUGCCAAAGAGCUCCAUUUUGGUCUCAUCUGACCACAACACUUUCACCCAGUUCUCCUCUGAAUCAUUCAGAUGUUCACUGGCAAACUUCAGACGGGCCUGUAUAUGUGCUUUCUUGAGAAGGGGGACCUUGCGGGCGCUGCAGGAUUUCAGUCCUUCACGGCGUAAUGUGUUACCAAUUGUUUUCUUGGUGACUAUGGUUCCAGCUGCCUUGAGAUCAUUGACAAGAUCCUCCCGUGUAGUUCUGGGCUGAUUCCUCACCGUGGUCAUGAUCAUUGCAACUCCACGAGGUGAGAUCUUGCAUGGAGCCCCGGGCCGAGGGAGAUUGACAGUUCUUUUGUGUUUCUUCCAUUUGCGAAUAAUUGCACCAACUGUUGUCACCUUCUCACAAAGCUGCUUGGCGAUGGUCUUGUAGCCCAUUCCAGCCUUGUGUAGGUCUACAAUCUUGUCCCUGACAUCCUUGGAGAGCUCUUUGGUCUUGGCCAUGGUGGAGAGUUUGGAAUCGGAUUGAUUGAUUGCUUCUGUGGACAGGUGUCUUUUAUACAGGUAACAAGCUGAGAUUAGGAGCACUCCGUUUAAGAUUGUGCUCCUAAUCUCAGCUCGAUACCUGUAUAAAAGACACCUGGGAGCCAGAAAUCUUUCUGAUUGAGGGGGGGUUAAAUACUUAUUUCCCUCAUUAAAAUGCAAAUCAAAUUAUAAUAAAAUUUGACAUUCGUUUUUCUGGAUUUUUUUGUUGUUCUGUCUCACUGUUCAAAUAAACAUACCAUUAAAAUUAUAGACUGGUCAUUUCUUUGUCAGUGGGCAAACAUACAAAAUCAGCAGGGGAUCAAAUACUUUUUUGCCUCACUGUAGCAGCCAACAGUUGUCACUGUUGAUAUCCUAUGCCACAUCAUGAUUAGUUGACGUUGACAGGAAAAAGUGGUUUGUUCACUUUUUCCAUGAUGGCAGCCUCCAGAAAUCAACAUCUGACAUUCCAAAACAUUGAUUUAAGCCUUCUACAAGUUCUCAUCUAACCAACCAUGUAUAGGUUAUUCCUGGUUUCCGUGUGCCCUUUGAAUGGUAUUACGGUAGUUUAAAUCGGUCUUCACCCCAAAUGUUUGCACCUGUUCUAUUGAUUUCAGCAUGAUAUCGAUGGAAGUGAUUAACAAAAAAAGUGUUGCGUUACACUUACUGCAGUGGUGACCAACAUGAAUGAAAAUGUAGCUAGCGGUCUUCUACCAAUUGUUCUCUAACCAGUGGUGUAAACAUUAUUCCCAGAUUCCUCUGGUUUUUGAGCUGUUUGUUUUAACAGGAUGUGCAACCUCAUCUCCCCCAACCCCCCCCCCCCCUUCGCGCAAUUCAUUUCAACACUAUUAUUUUUGUAAUUUUUAUUUUACCUUUAUUUAACUAGGCAAGUCAGUUAAGAACAAAUUCUUAUUUACAAUGAAGGCCUACACCGGCCCAACCCGGACAACACAUGAUAAUCGAGUUGGUGAUUGACAGAAGUGUUGCUUUUCUCGUUCUGUUUUGGUGACCCCCGUAUCAAAAUGUAGCCGGCUGUGUUCUGCAGGUUGUCCUCUAACCAGUGACGUGAAAAUACCCCCAAUUUAUAUUUUUGUGAUGGUUUCAACGGCGCAUAUUCCUCCCUAAUCGAUUAGUUAUUUAUUGCGUGUAGAUAGUACAUUUUGUUUGUUUUCACACCUUAUGGAUCAGUGGGGACUGUGAAGAGGCACAUACACAUGAAUACACACACGCAUGGAAACAUGCUCUAUUUUGUGUGGUAGUAGUGUGUAGUGACCUGAGGGCACACACUUACAUUUGACAUUUUAGUCAUUUAGCAGACGCUCUUAUCCAGAGCGACUUAAAGUUAGUGAGUGCAUACAUUAUAAAAAAAAAAAAUUUCAUACUGGCCCACCGUGGGAAUCGAACCCACAACCCUGGCGUUGCAAACGCCAUACUCUACCAACUGAGCUACAUCCCUGCCGGCCAUUCCCUCCCCUACCUUGGACGACGCUGGGCCAAUUGUGCGCCGCCCCAUGGGUCUCCCGGUCACGGCCAGCUACGACAGAGCCUGGAUGCAAUGCCUUAGACCACUGCGCCACUCGGGAGAACACUUAAUGUGUUGUGAAGUACAAUUUAAAAAACAAACAUUACAAUACAUAACUGCCUUAAUUUUGCUGGACCCCAGGAAGAGUAGAUGCUGCCUUGGCAGCAGCUAAUGGGGAUCCAUAAUAAAUACAAAUCUAUCACAAACUGUUUCCACAUAUUGGUUAUUGAUUUGGACACUUUCAAACUGUGUUUUGACAUUGGGCUAUUUUAUGAAUGUCUUGUCAUCAGGAAGCAGCGACAGCAUCAUUUUCAGCAUAAGUUUUAGAAAUAUAAAUUGAACUUUCAACAUUAGUUUCCAAUUGUAUUGCACUUAAUCAUGUAAUAAAUGCUGAAUGAGUCCAAAAACAUGCUGUGAUUUGAUUUUGAUAAUAUACCAGAAAUCACCAAAAUGGACAUGUAAACUUAGUCAAAUAUGUGCCAGAGGGAGCUUUCCUUGGCCACUGUGCUGCUGCUUGCGCCCUAGUCUAGGCUGUGUUACUGUUAAAGCACUUUGUGACAACUGCUGACUGCUGGAUUUAAGUUUUAUCGACUCCCUCUCCUCUUCAAUAGAUCCAGAAGGUGAUCCUGGCCCUCGGCGACUACAUGGGAGCCUCCUGCCAUGCCUGUAUCGGCGGAACCAACGUCCGCAACGAGGUGACAAAACUCCAGGCUGAGGCUCCCAAUAUAGUGGUUGGAACUCCAGGCCGCGUGUUCGACAUGUUGAACCGCAAGUUCCUCUGUGAGUGAUGUCAGGGCCUUUCUUUUUGUGACCAGAUUUGUACAGAUAACAUAGGUUUGUCAAACAUUUCGCAAUGUUAUGUUUACAUCUGUAUGUUUUUGUUUACUGAAGAGUAUUGACAUUUCACUUUGUGUUCAAGUUUUGUCUAAACCAAGUGCUCAUCUUCCCCCUCAGCUUCUAAGUACAUCAAGAUGUUUGUCCUGGACGAAGCUGAUGAGAUGUUGAGCCGGGGUUUCAAGGACCAGAUCUACGAGAUUUUCCAGAAGCUUGGCACUAGUACACAG